UUGUGUGGAGUGACUUUCAACCACAGCGGGAGCGGAAGCGUCACCGCCUACGUCACACGCAGAUCACGUGACUAUCCCGGAAGUCAACAAAAAGUGGACACGGAGAUGUGUAACUUUUCGAGCAUUGUAACUUUUAUACAGCACUUUUAAAGCGUUUAGGGUUCGAUGUUAUUAGUACGAUGCUAGUUUUGGCGUUUAACAGCCUAAUUAUUUCUAUUAAUAGACGCCCGUGCAUAUUUGCUUGUCGUUUUUAAUGAAAGUGGAAAUAUGGGAAGCGAGUCUCCUCUAUCGAGUGUGAACGUCGUGCUCGUCAUGGCCUUCGGUAGUUUGGUUUUUGUUUUGCUGUUCAUCUUUGUCAAAAGACAAAUUAUGCGUCUAGCCAUGAAAUCCCGUAGAGGACCCCACGUUCCAAUCGGUCACAAUGCUCCAAAGGAGCUUAGGCAAGAAAUUGAAGCAAAACUGUGCCAAGUCCAGAAAGUCCACUUUGAACCUCGUCUGCUGUCUCCAGAAGAUGAGCGGCCAAUGUCUGGUUGCUGUGACUACCAGUAUAGGAUGAGAGCAUUAGAUGCCAUCAGAGACACAGAUUUCCCGUUUUGCGAACUGGGCGGUUCCUCCAGCGCUGUGACGGGAAAACGAUUCAGGGCUUGGCUCCUGCAGCUUCGAAACUCCCACUGCCUCUUUCGGGAAAGCCAAAAGGGUUUGAUUGACACCGUGUUGGACGGGUACAACAAAGCACGCCACGGAGCAGAGGCUUUUGGUGAAGCAGAACUCUUCAAAUACCAGGACGCUCUCUGUCAACUGGCCUCUGCUGUCAAGUCCCAAAGCAGCAGCAAUACAGAUAGCCAACAGCACCAUCAAACCGCCGCUAAAGACUUAACCGCCAUCGCCGAGCCUGUAAACUCCUCCCACUCGUCUCGGACGCACCUCACGACGGCAGCGCAGCAGCGCAUCAAGAGGACCAGGAACUUGCUGGAGCUGAAGAACUUUAAAGAUAAGUACAACACACUGGACAGCACACUGUGAAACAUGUGGAUGGGAGGCCAGUGUGAAUUUGACAUAUCGUUCACGUUACAUAAUAAUACCUCUUAACAUGCAGCUUGUGCAUAUAUACUGUGUUAUUGCUAACAUUAGGUUGGCAUUAAGUAUUUAUUUCACAUGAGGUUGACUUGACCAAAAUAAGAGCUACGAAUAAUAAGACAAUCAGUAUUUAUUGCACAAAUAUAAAAGCCUAUGCAAACUUUAUGUAAAUGGUGACUUUUAGUGAAACAUGCGCACUUACGUUUACAUUUCUGCAUUUUGAAAGCCUUAAAAUAAUGAUUUAUAUAAGCCAUACAUUUGUUCUGAUUAUGUGCCAAUUAGCACAAUCUUAAUGUCUUUUCUCCAGUGCAUUAAUUUAUUGUGUUGCAAUCGUUUUAUCCAAUGUAUGUUUCUUAGGGGGCUACCUACACUAAAUGUCUGAUUGAUUUUACUCUGGAACAUUCUGCCUUGAAAUUAAACUGUGAUCUGCACACCGGUUUGUCUUUUGCUUGUAGUUUGCAGACAAGUUCAGCAGAGGGCGCACCCUACUUGGCAAUAAAAACAACAAAAGUAAUGCAUUUGAAUUAGUCGAAUGUUUUAAUAUUUUAUAUAAAUAAAUACAAAGUGAAAAGCUGUUACAAAAUAAAACUUCAAAUGACAUUCAAGCUCGGCGGGUGUUUGCACAACAAUGAUGAAUGAAAUGCUUUGCAGGAUGUAUUUCAAAUGAGUGACACUUCAAUUUAUAUACAUAGCCAGUACAGUAGUAGUUGUACACGUAGCAUAAAAUUAGCCUUUACAGUUGUCAAGGAUCAUACUGUACUAUGCACUGGUAAGUGAUCGGAUAAAAUUGACGCUACAUUACUGCUUCUAAAAAGCCUAACUGUGAUACAGCACUUUGCACUCCUCUCCAAGCAAAUACAUCCAAUAAUUAACAACAUUAUAUGUUAACAAACAAACCAACAAACAAGUAGCUUGUAUGUUAGGGACAGUUGGCUCAGUCGCCCAUAAAGCGCACACACACUACUGCAUCCUUCAAGAGGUGAAAUUAAAGCACUAGUUGCAGUUGGACUUGUCAUGUCAGGUUUGUGAGUGGUAGUACUUCUUUUCAGUCCGCAUACACAACAAAAGCUGUGGUGGUUCGAAUAAAAAUAAAAACAACUUCUCUUCUUGGUGGUCUCAAGACUUGAUCUCAAUGACCUUGAUGAACGGCAGCGGUUUGUUGGAAGAGGUUGAAGGCUUGAUUGGUUUGCUGCCAGGGCAAAAAAAUGUCAAACAUGUAAGAAUUUCGUGUCAAGUCAUCAUUAAAUGGCCCUGAUAUGUCAAAAUGCAUGAAUAAAUUGUGUUCUUUUCGAAUACCUCUAACUGAUAAGGGUAGUUCAGCCGGGAUAUGCUCAUUUCAAAAUUAGAUUUACAGCCCCGAAAUGUUGUUAUUGUUUUCAUUUCAAAGUCCCGCCCUGCACCGUUUGACCAAUUAGAGAGUCCGUGAGUGUGUCACAUACAGGUUGCCAGUUAUGCACCUCCAUCU